UCAAAGAGAAGAUGGCGGCGAAAGUUUGAUAGUAGAAGAAUUAUGUGUUGAAGGAUAUGUUGUCAUGGAGUACGGUUGAGAAUUAGCCAUAUCAAAUAGGGUGCAUUGGGCAUGAAAUAAAAUGAACAACACUGAAGAACAGCUUCAAGCGCUUCUCAAUCAAUGCGAGCAGGCCUUGUUUACACUGUACAGUGGACAUGACCAGACAAACAGAGACACAGCUCACAAGUGGCUACUGACAAUACAGAAAUCGCAUCAGGCAUGGCAGUUGUGUUGGAGACUUAUGCAGUCUGAUAAGCCUCCGGAAAUUCAGUUUUUUGGUGCUUCAAUGCUUCACUUUAAGAUCGCCAAGUAUUGGAGUGAACUUCAAGAAGAACAUUACACUGACUUACGAUCAGAACUUUUCAAGCACAUCUUCAUGUUUUCCGCUGGACCAAGGAUUGUUCUCACAAGGCUCUGUGUUGCCCUUGGAGCAGUUGCCCUCAAUGCUAUGCCAGAACACUGGUCAAGUGCAAUAAGUGAUAUUAUUACUACACUACAGAAUGCAGGAGGCUCAUCACAGAAUGGAAUGUGGUCGAUGGCAAUGCUGGAAGUUCUUACAGUGUUACCAGAGGAGUUUCACUCAGGAGAUUUUCCAAUUGGAAGAAAGUCAACUCUUCGAGGUGAACUGCAGAAUGGGGUGUCACAAGUCCUUCAAGUCAUUCAGCAUAAUUUGUUAUCAUCACAGUCAAUACAAGUUAGGCAACAGGCUUUGAAGUGUAUGAUCAGUUGGGUCCAGUUUGGUGUAACAGUCCCUGACCUUGACAAUGCCCUGCCUCUUGUGUUUGAAUCUAUUCACAAUCCUGAGUUAUUUGAUACUAGCGUGGAUUUGUUAGUAGAGGUGGCCACCCAUCCAUCUGGAAUGAAAUAUCCCAGUUACAUGUGGAAAUUUGUCUCAAGUGUUCUGACUCUUAGCGAAGCUUUAAGAACAGCUUUGCAGUCUGGAGAUAUAGAUACAUCUAGAGGCUUAUGUCAAGUGAUGGUGUCAUUGGCUGAGACACAGUUAAAGCUGCUCUUGUCAGCUGAUAGUGAAGAAAAAGAAUUACAAGGACUCACACUUGUGCAGUUAUUAUUGGAUGACAUUAGUACAGAGGAACCAAGCACUAUGGAGAAACACAAAGCCAUGUAUGGACCUGUCUUGUUAUCCCUUUGUCAGGUGUUCAUGAGGAAGGUUCAGUAUCCUCCAGAAGAUUUCUGGCAAGGAUUUUCUUCAGACGAGAAAGAGCAGUUUAGACGCUACAGACAGGACAUAGCUGAUACCUUGAUGUAUGUUUAUUGUUUACUGAGAGGUCACUGUUUACAACAACUGUACCAUAUGCUGUCAGAACUGUUGGCAGGGGAGACAGAGCCUUCAUGGCAGUUUGUAGAUGCUACACUGUACUUGAUCCAGUCUGUUGCUGAGUAUGUUGAACCCACAGAGCAGAGUUUUAUUCCCGCCAUUCUCUCGUUGUUGCCAAAACUACCGGCCCACUCCUAUGUGUCUCAGACAGCACUGCUGAUGGUUGGUUCUUAUUCAGAAUGGCUUAAGUGCCAUCCUGAUCAUCUCCGUUCAGUACUUCCUGUAUUACUUGGUGGAUUGUCUCAAGCGCAUCUCGCCUCAGCUUCUACCCAAGCCCUACGUGGCAUCUGUGAAGAGUGUGUCCAGGAUUUAGAGCCUGGGUCCUUAAUGGAGAUUCUUACGCACUGUCAGGCUGGCCUGUCCGGAGGUGUUAUGGAGGAACAAGAACGAAUGCGCUGUGUUGAGUGCAUAGGGCAUGUGCUGUCAGUACAAGACUCUGCUGGAGCAGUGGAACAACUGAAGGCAGUAUUCACCCCAUACGUGGAAGGCUUGGCUCAGAUAGUACAGCAACAGCCCACUGCCGAGCUAAAAGCUAAUCUUCAGUUUCACCUCCGGCUCUUUGUCGUGUUGUUUAAAUGCUUGGACCCUGAAAAUGAAAAUAUAGAGAAUAAACUUCAUCCGGCUGCAGUUGUGUUGAACGAUAUCUUACCCUCACUGAAGUCCAUGGCUCCUUGGAUGCAAGAUUGUAAAGUUCAACAACAAUUAUGCCUGUGCCUGGAGAGAGCCAUUGGAACAAUUAGAGACUUCAUGGGUGGACUUGUGUCUGGUCUGUCUGAACUUCUGGUCGGAUAUUUCUCCGUUUCUCCAACCAGUGGAAUUCUGGAUGUAGCUUCUACGCUGAUAGGUAUGUACGGUAUGGUGGAUGAACAUUACCACACCAUACUUCUAGUAUUUCAAAGAAUCACCACAACAACAUUCCAGCUUCUGCAGAACAAUUUGCGCAAUUUUCCAGAUAUUCUCCAGUCAUUUAUGCAGUUUGUUUGCAGGGGGCUGAAGGCCAAUCCAAAACUAGUAUUUGAAGGAGAUGGAUAUCAUGCGAACAUAUUUCAGUGCGGACUCGCAGCUCUUGAUGUUCAAGAGAGUUUUACUGUGAGGGCGGCCUGUACGUUUUUUUCUACGUUCAUUACGGCUUGUGAAAAUGAAGAAACUGCGCAGCGUACGCUACAAGAGUACGGAUCAUAUCUGGUCAGUCAAGUUAUCAAGGGAAUAGCUGGCGGAGUUCCUCGUCAAUGUACAGAUUACAUGGCGGAAGUCUUGUUUGCUUUAAACAGACACAACGUGACAUUGCUGUCGCGUUGGAUGCAGGGCGUGAUGGAGGUUGAGGGAUUUCCAUCCAAUCUGGUCACAGUGUCUCAAAAACAACAAUUCUCCAGUGCUGUUUUAAGGGAAAGAGCUCAUAGAAGGCGAGUUAAAGAAUCUGUGAACGAAUUUUCCUUGCUUUGUCGAGGGCUCUAUGGGACAGCUUACGCCAGUUAGCCAGCUUUUUCCGCGCGUGCUCUAAGCCAUAAGAAAGUAAACUGGCUCAUGAUCUGGAGCGAUGGAAUUCGCUUGUGUGAGGAGCCUGUGAUUUCCCUGCGCGUGCUUUAGAUCAGUAAACAAAAGUGUUAAGAGUGAUAAUAUUGUUAUCUAAUACUUACAUGUUUCCUA